AUGAGACUAUUUUUAGAAAAAAGAGUUCUUCGUCCAGCCGAUGACCUUCUUCCGGAGGAUUGCUUGUUUGAGGAAAUUCCUUGUGAGUUUCCAAAAACAAGAGUUCAGGUAUCUUCACUUGGGCAUCGCGAAGCAGUUUGCAGUUGUGAUUUGGACGCUGACCGAAGGACCAUCAAGGACCAAAAGCAAUGCAAACAAGAUGCCGCCGCCACCAACAUCUCAAAAAUGAAGAACAUGACUCUCAGGGAUCAUGACUACUUCGAGGAGCCAAUCGUCAAAUCGGCGUUGGAGAGCCGAGCCAAGAAGGCUCUUCCAUUGUUGCCAACCCGACAAGCCAUGGAGAUCUACAGACGGCGCCAAAUGGCAAGAAUUCAACGUCGCCGCGAACAGCACACCAACAUCUGCUACCAGGAAGAAGCUAUGGAGCAUUUCGAGAGAGGGGUGGUUCAGUAUGGACCAUACACCCCUCUCUUCUCUCAGGAAAUCAAUUUCUAA